CAAAGAAACCAAAACCUGACAGAGAAAAAAAAAAAAAAAAAAAAUAUCAGAAAGAGCGAUCAAAGUGGAUUUCUCAAUCCGCCAUGGCUUCAUCGGCGCUCUCUAACCUAAUGCUCGCCAUCCACGAGAAGAAAACUUCCUCACUCGAUCUCUACCGCCCCCUCCGCAACUACGUCACCUUCACCUACUCCGAGCGCGAAGCCCAGCUCAUAGAAGACGAUCUCGAAACCCUCAAGCAACUCCGCUCCGACGUAGAGCGCGUCCCCGAUCCAUCCCCCUCCGCACGGCGAGACCUUCUCGUCUCCUACUACAAGGCCCUCUGCCUCGUGGAGACGCGGUUCCCGAUCUCCCCCGAUCAGCACCACGUCAACGCCGUCUCGUUCCUAUGGUACGACGCCUUCAAGCAGAAGCAUAAGGCCUCGCAGCAGAACAUUCAUCUGGAGAAAGCCGCCGUUCUAUUCAAUCUCGGCGCUAGUUACAGUCAGAUUGCGCUGGGGUGUGAUCGCACCACCGUGGAGGGGCGCCGUCAGGCUUCGCAUGCGUUUAUUGCGGCGGCGGGGGCGUUCGCGUGGGCGAGGGAUAAUGAGGCUACUAAGGCGAUGAUUGGGCAGAGUAGCACCACGGUGGAUGUGAGGGUGGAGUGCGUGGGGAUGUUGGAGCGGUUGAUGUGUGCGCAGGCUCAGGAAUGCGUGUUUGAGAAUACUAUUGCUAAAGGAAGCACUCCUGGUGUUUCUGCUAAGAUUGCUAGUCAGGCUGGCAUAUACUACGAGGAAGCUUUGGCUGCUUUAGUCGUUUCACCGUUGAAGGAUCAUUUUGAGAAAGGCUGGAUAUCUCAUGUGCAGAUGAAAGCAUCACUGUUUUAUAGUGAAGCUUGUUACAGGUAUGGAAUGGAGUUGCACGAGAAAGAGGAGAUUGCGGAAGAGAUAGCUCGGCUGAAGAGCGGAGCUAGCCGUUUGGCAGACGCUAAGAAGUCUUCAAGGGGAGCUCCUGCGCAGCUAGUAGAAGCGAUGAACAAAUUAGAGGCGAGCAUUAAUUGCAAUUUGGAUAGAGCUGUGAAGGAAAAUGAUAGAGUGUACCUCAUGAGAGUUCCUUCUCCUGCUUCUUUGCCUCCGCUUCCUACCUUCUCAAUGGUUAAGCCGAUGAACAUGACUGAGAUAUUGGAUGCAAGUAAGGAGAAGAUGUUUGCCAUCCUUGUUCCGGACAGCAGUGCGAAGGCUCUCUCUAGAUACACUGAGAUGGUUGAUGAUGUAAUUAGGACUCAGGCGGAGAGAUUACAGCAAGCAAGCGAGCUAACUCGAGUUAGGCUCAAGGAGAUGGACCUUCCAGAUUCUAUUCUUGCUGUGGAUGGUAACUCAACUCUUCCUGCUGAUCUUAAAGACGAUGUAGAGGCUGUUCAGAUCAGUGGCGGUCCAGCUGGCUUGGAAGGUGAACUUCAGCAGCUUAGAGAUUUGAAAAGGGUUAAUCAGGAACUGUUGGUGCAAACCGAAGAGCUUUUGCAGAAAGAAGCAACUGAAGACGCUCAAUUCAGAAGCCAAUUUGGGACUAGGUGGACUAGGCCUCAGUCUAGCACGUUGACAAAGAAUUUGCAGGAUAGAUUAAAUCGGUUUGCAGCCAAUUUGAAACAGGCUGGAGAAAGUGAUGUGAAGAUUGAGCGAUCGGUGAGAGAGAACUCUGCCCUCAUGUCCAUUCUUGAUCAACGGCCGAUAGAAGCUGCCGUCCCAACUCUAGCUAGGCCAAUGAUGUCGCUGGAUGCAACAGAGGAUGCUAUAGUGGGAAAUCUGAAGCAGAGUCUGAGGCAACUGGAAAAUUUAGGUGCUCAGCGAGCUGGUCUUGAAGACAUGCUCAAAGAGAUGAAGAGAAAUGAUGACAUACUGCCAAAGCUGAUGACGUCAACCGGCUCCUAUGAAGAUAUGUUCAGGAAAGAGAUGUCAAAGUAUGAUCACAUCUGUCAAGAUAUUUCACAAAACAUUGAAGUUCAAGAACAAUUAUUAAUGCAAAUUCAGGCUCAAAAUGAAGAGUUCUCAACUCUUUUCAAUCUUGAAGAUUAUAAAGCAUCCAGAGAGAAGUGCUACAAGCAGAUUCAAGCGGCUAUAUCCAAGUACCGAGAGAUCAAGGAGAACGUCAACGAGGGCUUGAAGUUCUAUGUCACUCUUCAAGAUGCAAUCACGAAUGUGAAGCAGCAGUGCAGUGAUUUUGUGAUGACAAGGAGCAUUCAGUGCCGAGAAAUGAUUGAAGAUGUGCAACGACAGAUGUCUGGUCUGAGUUUUCAGGAUCAUAGAAGCUCCGGUCCAUACCCAUCUGUGCAUCAGCGAACGGCUUCAAGUUCGCCGCCUCCACCAGAAACUCAGAACGCAUCUCAUCCUCACCCACACCCACAAGCACCUUACUAUAUGCCGGCAGAGCAACAACCACGACCUGGCUACACUAUCCCACCCUAUGGUCCUCCACCACCAUACCACACGCCUCAUAGCCAGGAGCCACCACAACCAUACCCUCCCCAGGCCCCGCAACAGCCUUAUCCAUCGUGGCAACAAGGCCCGUACUAUGAUCCUCAGGGACAGCAGCCUCGGCCUCCUUAUACUGCUCAGAACCCGUACCCGCCUCCUCACCAAGGCGGUGGAUACUACAGGCAGUGAACUGUACCUUGGAAGCAAUAAACUUGAGGUUAUUGUUCACGGUGGAUACUUGAAUUUUGCUUGAUAAGUGACAAAUUCUUUGAGUUCUCAAUACAAAGUAAAGACGAUAUGAUGGAA